AUGGCAAUCUUCGUCACCUUCGUUGCCGUAAUGGCCGGCUUCAUCAGCCUUUCAUCACCCUCACCUGUUGAGACCACAAGUGCAGCGACAACUUCGAACUCGAAGUCCUCCGUUACUCUGAUCUACCAGAACAACUUGAACGGUUCGGACGACAAGAACCACAUCGGAGCUCUCAUCCUCGAUGCGGCCUCUCAAUCAAAUGCAGCGGCAGCUUGUGCAGCAUUGAACGAGAAGCUGCUCCCCCAGUCCGCUCUGCAACAAUACCAAUCGGAUUUCAUCAAUGCUCUCUCGUACCAGGACUACGCCAACUACUACCAUGCGGGCAAGGGCUACUAUAUCGAUAAUGGCGUUGUGUCUGUCAGCAAGCAACUGAACUUUGCUUCGGCUGCAGGAUCUUCGAGCAGGGCUCUGCCUGUCCUCUGCACUCAGUCUGCCAACAAUGGAUCGUCAAGUGCGAGACCCACCAACGGCACAGAGAUCUCUCUGGCUUCAAGUGGCAAUAUUUUCGUCGGUUAUCGCAACCAGAAGUCUUUUCGGUUCCUUGGUAUCCCCUACGCAGACACACCCCAACGAUUUAAGUACUCCUCGGUGUACUCCAAGAAGGGCCAGACCAUCCAGGCAACUGCAUAUGGUGCACAGUGUGCACAGGGCGGCUCAGGUAGCGAGGACUGUCUCUUCUUGAACGUCCAAACUCCUUACAUCCCAAAAGCAGGCUCGAAGCAGAAGCUCCGUCCUAUCCUAUUCUGGAUCCACGGUGGUGGAUUCACAGGAGGCAGUAGUACCGAUGCGCUCUCAGAUGGUGGUAAUCUUGCUAGCAAAGAAGACGUCGUCGUUGUUUCGAUCAACUACCGUCUCUCGACAUUGGGUUUCCUAGCUAUUCCCGGAACCGACAUCAAGGGCAACUUUGGCAUCGCAGAUCAGAUCACUGCGCUUGACUGGGUCAUUGCGAAUAUCGCGGCGUUUGGAGGUGACCCCAAGAAGAUCACCAUUGCUGGCGAGUCUGCAGGUGCUGGAUCUGUGCGCACACUUCUCGGAUCUCCUCAGGCGAUUGGCAAGUACCAAGGUGCAGUCUCCAUGUCGAACCUUGGAGGUGGCGUCACACUAGGCCUGAAAGGCGACUAUGGCACAACAUACUCAACAUACUAUACGAUCGACCAGUCUUAUACCGUAGCUGGACCUCAGAUCUUCGACGCUGCCGGCUGCAACGGUACCGACGUCUCAAGUCAGAUUGCUUGUCUUGAGAAGGUGCCUGCUUCCACACUGGUCGGUGCCUCGACAGUGGCUCGCUACGUGGUGCAGGAUGGCAAGUACGUCAACACGCCAAACCUCAUUCUCUCGACACACAACGGCAGUACCGCCCAUGUUCCUGUCAUCUUUGGCAUCAUCCGCAAUGACGGUGCAUCAUUUUCCACUUACCCCGAGACGCCGAUCGCCAACCACACUCAAGGCCUACAGGUCGCUCUUGGUAUCAAUUCAACGUGGGCUGAAAGGGUUAUUUCCUCCAACUUGUUCCCUCUCACCAACACAGGCAAUCUGACUCUCGAUUCGUUCAACGUCUCUCAGCGCAUUGCGACUGAUAAGACCUUCCGCUGCGUCGACCAAGCGACCGUCUAUGCCGGUGCUCAGACCAAGGCUUUCCAGAAAGCAUACUACUACCAGUUCGAACGCACCAUCGGCGGUUACGACCCCAAUAACCUCGGUGGACCCAAGGACAACAAUCCCAAGAACCCAUACUUCCGCUUCCACGGUGCCGACAUGCCUUGGGUCUUUGGUACUCUGAGCACCAUCCGUGAGCCCGAGGAUUUAUGGUCAGAGCAGCUGGUGACAAGCUACUUUGGAUCCUUCGUAAGGAACGGCGACCCGAACCCGGAUCUGAGGUACUUGCAGGUCCGAGGCUAUGAUAAGGUCAUUGAAGGUGUGAAGAACUACGGUCAGUGGAACCAGGUGGAUGGGGGCAAGAAAAGUGGUGAUGAGGUCAGGCUUUUGGACUGGCCGAGUACGAAUACUGGGUAUGUGGACGUGGAGCAGUGCAACUGGCUCGGAUAUCCAUUGGACUACUAUCUCAAAGGCGGCAUCUGA